UGCGUGAGGAGGCAAGCAGCAACGUGAAGGUUGGGUGGUGGAGUCUGAUUGAAGCUGCUUAGAGGAGAAACUACAGCAGGAAGAAGUCGGUCUGUCGGGCUUACUAGCACAAUUUUGACAGCACAUUCCCUUUAAAAUGGCGUAUCACAGUCCGUACAAAGCUCCGCCGCACAUCAACGCCCCCCCGGACCAGAGCUUUCUGUGGAAUAUCUUUCAGAGGGUCGACAAGGACCGGAGUGGAGUGAUAUCAGACUCAGAGCUUCAGCAGGCCUUAUCGAACGGCACAUGGACUCCUUUCAACCCAGUGACCGUCCGCUCUAUCAUAUCCAUGUUUGACAGGGAAAACAAAGGCGGGGUUAACUUCAACGAGUUCGCUGGAGUGUGGAAGUACAUCACAGACUGGCAGAACAUCUUCAGAACCUACGACAGGGACAACUCCGGCUUCAUCGACAAGAACGAGCUCAGACAGGCGCUGACUGGUUUCGGUGAGCAGCGAAGCUACCGUCUAUCCGAUCAGUUCUACGGCACACUGAUAGAGAAGUUUGAUCGUCAGAGGAAGGGACAGGUUGCCUUUGAUGACUUCAUCCAGUGCUGUAUUGUACUACAGAGGUUGACUGAUGUGUUUAGACGGUACGACACGGACCAAGAUGGUUGGAUCCAGGUUUCAUAUGAACAAUAUCUAUCCAUGGUCUUCAAUAUAGUAUAACGCACACAAAUCACAACAGAAGAGCACAACUGGACACAACUGUGCCAAAGCUACAGGCACCUCCUGGAUGUCUGCCAUGGUGGACACUACAAGAUUUUUUUUUAAAUGAAAUGUGUAGCCCCAGUUGGGGCUGUUUGUCACAAAUUUAUAAAAAUAACAAGAAAACUUCAAAGAAGAGUUGAUGAGGUUGAAUACUGUCCAGAUGACAGGAUUUGUCAGAGGUACAACAACAGUGCUUGCCGUAAUGAAAAAAAUCAAAAAAAUCUUGUAGUGUUUUUUUUUUUUUCUUGAAUGACCAAACUGAGCUACGUCUGUGUGUGGGGUUGGGGGAUUUUAUGGACACAUCAUGUCUUCUUGUCUGUCAGUCAGUCUGUCUAUUAUUGUCAGCAAACUUUUUAAUGUCUUAAAUUUAACUGAUACAAUUAAAAAAAAAGAUCUCUAUUGAGAGUAAAAAUGA